UUGAAGCACUCCGAGGCCCUGGGGACUAUGGGGGCGUGGCUUGGAGUGAGGCACUCUGGGACUGGGCCUGUGGGUGUCUGGGGGCGUGGCUUAGAGUGGGGCACUCUGGGCCUGUGGUAGUUUGGGGGCGUGGUUUAGAGUGGGGCACCGUGGGACUGGACCCCGCAGGUGCUUGGGGGUGUAGCCUGGAGUAAGGGUUUGGCUGGUAUAGCUUGGAGUGAGGUGCCCUGGCAUGGAGUCUUGAGGCCUGCUGAGGGCGUGAGGUGGCAUGAGGCGACGAGAGGGCCAUGGCCCGGACUCCGAGGUGGGUCAAGGGCCCGUACGGGAGUCGCAAUCCUCAGACCCUCCCGCGCUCCAGUUCCGGAUAAGCGAGUACAAGCCGCUGAAUAUGGCGGGAGUGGAGCAGCCCCCGAGCCCCGAGCUGCGGCAGGAAGGCGUGACCGAAUACGAAGAUGGCGGGGACCCUGCUGGAGAUGGCGAGGCGGGCCCCCUACAAGCGGAGGACCACCCCCAGAAUCCUCCAGAAGAUCCCAAUCAGGACCCCCCAGAAGAUGAUAGCACCUGUCAGUGCCAGGCGUGUGGGCCUCACCAAGCCGCGGGUCCAGAUCUUGGUUCCUGUAAUGAUGGCUGCCCUCAACUGUUCCAGGAGCGGUCAGUCAUAGUGGAGAACUCCUCAGGCUCCACCAGCGCUUCUGAGCUCCUCAAACCCGUGAAGAAGAGGAAGCGCAGGGAAUACCAGAGCCCAUCAGAGGAGGAAUCGGAGCCAGAGGCCAUGGAGAAGCAAGAAGAAGGAAAGGACCCAGAGGGACAACCCACCGCUAGCACCCCGGAGAGUGAGGAGUGGAGCAGCAGCCAGCCUGCAACAGGUGAGAAGAAGGAAGGCUGGUCGUGGGAAUCCUACCUAGAGGAGCAGAAGGCCAUUACUGCCCCAGUCAGCCUCUUCCAGGACUCCCAGGCAGUCACUCACAACAAGAAUGGCUUCAAACUGGGCAUGAAGUUGGAAGGCAUUGACCCUCAACACCCGUCCAUGUACUUCAUCCUCACUGUGGCUGAGGUAUGUGGCUAUCGCCUACGCCUGCACUUUGAUGGGUAUUCUGAGUGCCAUGACUUCUGGGUCAAUGCCAACUCCCCUGACAUUCACCCUGCUGGCUGGUUUGAGAAGACGGGGCACAAGCUGCAGCCUCCCAAAGGUUACAAGGAGGAGGAGUUCAGCUGGAGCCAGUACCUGCGCAGCACAAGAGCUCAGGCUGCCCCCAAGCACCUGUUUGUGAGCCAGAGCCACAGUCCCCCACCCCUGGGCUUCCAGGUGGGCAUGAAGCUGGAGGCUGUUGACCGCAUGAACCCCUCCCUUGUCUGCGUGGCCAGUGUGACCGAUGUGGUGGACAGCCGCUUCCUGGUGCACUUCGACAACUGGGAUGAUACUUAUGACUACUGGUGUGAUGCCAGCAGCCCCUACAUCCACCCAGUGGGCUGGUGCCAGAAGCAAGGAAAGCCCCUCACCCCUCCACAAGACUACCCAGACCCUGAUAACUUCUGUUGGGAGAAAUAUCUGGAAGAAACUGGGGCCUCUGCUGUCCCCGCUUGGGCCUUCAAGGUGCGACCCCCUCACAGCUUCCUGGUCAACAUGAAGCUGGAGGCUGUGGACCGCAGGAACCCAGCCCUGAUUCGCGUGGCCAGCGUGGAGGAUGUGGAGGACCAUCGGAUAAAGAUCCACUUUGAUGGCUGGAGUCAUGGCUAUGAUUUCUGGAUCGACGCUGACCACCCAGACAUCCACCCUGCCGGCUGGUGCUCCAAGACAGGACAUCCCCUGCAACCUCCUCUCCGACCCAGAGAGCCCAGCUCUGCCUCCCCUGGGGGCUGUCCCCCUCUCAGCUAUAGGAGCCUGCCCCACACUAGGACAUCCAAAUACAGCUUUCACCACCGGAAGUGCCCCACUCCUGGUUGCGACGGCUCUGGCCAUGUCACAGGCAAGUUCACAGCUCACCAUUGCCUCUCAGGCUGCCCACUGGCUGAGAGGAACCAGAGCCGGCUGAAAGCAGAGCUGUCUGACUCAGAGGCCUCAGCUCGCAAGAAGAACCUCUCAGGCUUCUCCCCAAGGAAGAAGCCUCGCCAUCAUGGCCGAAUUGGACGCCCUCCGAAGUAUCGAAAGAUUCCGCAGGAGGAUUUCCAGACACUCACGCCCGAUGUCGUGCACCAGUCCCUCUUCAUGUCAGCCCUGUCGGCCCACCCGGACCGCUCACUCUCAGUGUGCUGGGAGCAGCACUGCAAGCUCCUGCCAGGAGUAGCAGGCAUCUCAGCCUCGACAGUUGCCAAGUGGACCAUCGAUGAGGCUGGGGAGAAAAAGCAGCAUUGGCACAGCUCAGAAGCACCUUGGCCGUGGAGGCCAGCCCUCCUACAUGCCCAAGCUCUGUCCCCUGGUCAACAUGUCAUCUUUGGUUUCCAAGGUCUUCGGCUUUGUUCAGACCCUGACAGGUUGUGAGGACCAAGCACGCCUCUUCAAAGACGAGGCGGACAUUGUGAAGAUCAUGAGCGUCAAGCUGGGCCCAGCCUUGAAGAUCUAUAAUGCCAUUCUCAUGUUCAAAAACGCCGAUGACACCUUAAAGUGACUGGCCCAGGGCUGGGCCCUCCUGCGGCCCCUGCUUGGUCUCCCUCUCCAGCUGAUGCUUUCUUCCUGACCUGAGUUCCUCAUACCCCCAUGUCCCCAUGUUCUACCUGUAUCUGACCAGGGCUAGUCCUUCUUAGAGGGUACAUGGGAGCCGAGGAGCCCUGGGGAGGAUAGGCACCCAGCCCCAAGUCCUAGAGCUCAUUCGCCACCAGGCAUGUUAGUGAGGGUGUGAUAGGCAGGGGCAUUACUCAUGGAGUCAGUGGGACUGUGGCAGCUCCAGCGGACUUUUAUUUUAUUACCAAAGGGUCUUUUUCUUAGCGGUUGAGGAGAGUCUAGUAGAGCAGCAGUCCUUCAAUCUGAGACCCCUUUCCCCUUUUUGGUAUCUCUGUGUACUUUUCUCUUCUUGGCUCCUUUCCUCCUGCCAAGAAUGACCCUGCCACAAACGUAUUUACUCCUGGAGGCACCUCCUCCCUUUCUGUCUGCUGGUUUUGCUGCCCUCAUUCUGCUGCUUCGUUUCCUGGGCAGUGCCCCCAGCCAGACCCCACUGGCUCUUCCCCCUGAGAUAUGUGAACCUCAGAAACAUGUUUUCAUAAGAUCCGUUGGAAGUCUCUAGCUGCCUUUCUCUCUUUUGCCCAGAAUUGAGAGAUUCUGAGCUUAGAUGCCUUCUUGAACUUGCCCAGUUCUGGACCAGUUGGCAUUUUAGUAUCCCAUGCCAAGUCCAAGUUCCAGCAGAAUGAGCAGAUGGCUAGAGCCUCUUUUAUAGAUGGCAGAAGUGGAGGUUCCACUGCUGUUUUCCACUCACCCUUCAUGUGUUGAGUCUGGAAAGGAGUAAGCCCAGCCUGGUCAGUAGCCUAGGUUAGGAGACCAGCAUAAGAAUUUGUUAGACAAUCUCGGGUCUUUGGCCAGAGGGGCAGCUCCAGCAGGCAUAGUGGUGCCUGAAAUUAGGAAUAGUGUCCUCUGCAGCCUUGGACCUCAGCCAAGGUAUUGCCCAUGGGGUGAUGGCCCCAGGUCUGCCAGGCCUUCUGCCAUGAAAAUGUAGCACUCUGUGUAGCACACACCCCCAUGACAUCAUUCAGCGUGUCCCUUAAAUGUUUACCAUAGCUCUUGCAGAGUCUGAAAGUUGGGAGUUAGGAAGGUGAACUUUUCUAUCUGAAUUCUCCGGGUCCCUGAAGCCCUCCUUGCCGCUCUCCAUCUGUCUUGCACCUGCCAGCCAGGUCCCUGCCGGGCUCUGGACUUCCACCUCUCUGUCCACAUAGGAACCCAGCCUCCACUGAGUCACUGCCAAACCUGCCUCCCAGCCUGGGUGGGAAGGGGGAGAGCCACUGGCAGGGGCCAGCCCCACAUAGAGGCAAGGAGUCACUGCCAACCUCCCGUGCCCAGGUGCUGAUGUGGGCCUGCAGAGUGUGGGGCCGGUGCCUUCCCCCAGACCCCUUCUCUCAAUCAUGUGAUGCGUGUGUGUGUGCACGUGUAUGUGUGCGUGUGUGGCACUCUCAGAAGUGUUUGACAGGGUGCAGAUGUGAGGCUCAGUGUUGGGAAAAUGCCAAGGGCUAUUAUUAAAAUUUGAAGCUUUAUUUUUACCUUAGAAGUGGAAAACCCAGAGCUCUGUUGAUUUCCUACCACAACCCAGUAGGGGCCCCUCUCUCCCGUGGGCUGGACAGCUUUUGGAGGAAGCCAUUCAGCUCCCGCAGUUGAGCUCCCACAGGGCUUCAGGUGUCCCUUCCCUUUCAACUGCUUAGAGGCAGCUUUGAGCACAGCCUUCCUGGAAGGAAGCUAGCCAAGCCCUGCCACACAGCAAAGGUUGGGUUUACAAGGGUGACAUUGGUACCCCCUUGGCCAAGAGUAAAGAAGAACGAGUCUAAGCCCUGCUUUUAUCUUGGUUUUCUGGGUGGUGGCAGAGCUCAUCAGCUUCUUAUCGUCAGUCUGCUCCUCUAAAAGACGAGAGAUGUUCACUGACUGUGUGCGGUGAGAAGGCAGCAAGUACUCAUGGCUGGUGCUGUGAGACCUCACAGCUUCUAAGGAGAGGGGCUAGGAGGGCCUUUGCCAUCGGAUCUGCCUAAUGCUUGCCUGUGGUAAAGGCAAGAUGGACCAAGGGCCUUGGAAAAAAGGGCUCCCAGGCCUCUGAACUUUGAGGCCUCAGCACUUUCUGCACUAUUGUCAAACUCUUUGGAAAGAAACCAAAUCAUUAAAAAGCAGGAAGAAAUCUGCCUCUUGUCUGCCCCACUGCCCUUUUACCCCCACUCUGUCCCCAAAUGAUAUUAUUGCACCUUGACCUGGGAGUGCAGAGAGGGGAGGGAGUUGGCAGAGAUUCCUGGUGCCCUCUGCCCUCUUAGCAACAGGUGCCACUUAUAUAUUGGCCCCUGGCAGCUUCGCCCAGCCCCUGAUCACCCAGGCCUAGGGCAGUUAGGUCCUUUCUGUUUAUGUUCUCAAGCAGAGAGAAUGAUCUCAGAGUUUGCAAAUGAAGCCUUUUUUGCACUUUCAUUCACAUGCACUUUGGUGGGGUUACAUUUUUGUACUUGCCUCUUGUGUGUGCCCAUGUGUGUGUGUGUUUUUUAAGAGAAUCUUCUGGCUUAAGCUAAGAUGACUCUUGAGGGAGAAAAAGUUACAAACAAAAUGUGGUGUGAUUUGUCGGUGUAUCAAAACAACAUAAAUAAACUUGAACAACUGA